AUGACCGCCGCAGCGCCAACGGGGGCCACCGAAGAGCCCAGCGAGGUGCCGCUGGUGGCGUCGAUCGACGUGGGGACGACUUCGUCCCGCGUGAUCUUGUUCAACAUGCUGGGCCAGGAAGUGUCCAAGCACCAGAUUGAGUACUCCACGUCCGCAUCGCGCGAGAAGUACGCGCCCGUGGGCAAGCGGCGCCACAGCGUAGACGAGACGACGGCGGCCGCGGCCGGCGGCGGCAGCGACAGCCGCCGCGCCAGCCGGGCUAGCCCGCCCAGCCCCGCGCAGCCGAUCUUCUCCGCGGAAGGCAUUGCGAUCGAGGCCAACGAGUACCUCGAGAUCGAGGACCUCGAGCGGCCCAGCGUGCCCACGCUGAGCUUCCCGCGCGCCGGGUGGGUCGAGUGCAACCCGCUGGGCAUCCUCGCGCACGUGGUGCAGUGCUUCGCGGCCAACCUGGUGAGCGUGGACCGCGUCAACGGCAGCCGCGUGUCGAACGGGCUCGCGCCCUACCGCAUCCGCUGCGUCGGCAUCGCCAACAUGCGGGAGACGACGCUGGUGUGGUCGCGGAAGACGGGCGAGCCGGUCGUCCCGUACGGGAUCGUGUGGAACGACACGCGCACGUCUGCCAUCGUGACCGAGAAGCGCAACAGCACGCCGCAGGCCGUGCAGGACCGGCUGCGCGCCAAGACCGGGCUGCCGCUGUACUCGACGUACUUCUCGUGCUCGAAGCUGCGCUGGCUGCUGGACAACGAGCCCGCGGUGCGCGCAUGCUACGACGCGGGCGACCUGAUGUUUGGCACCGUGGACACGUGGCUCAUCUACCACCUGACCUCGAACCGCGCGUUUGUGUCGGACGUGACGAACGCGUCGCGCACGGGGUUCAUGAACCUGGACACCCUGGUCUACGACGACGAGCUGCUGAACUACUGGGACCUCGCGCGUGACAAGGUGAACCUGCCGCGGAUCGUGUCGUCCGCGGAGUACUACGGCGACUUCGCGCUGCCCGAGUGCGUGCGCACGAACCUCACGCCUGUCGCGUGGAGCCUGCUGACGGACUUCUGCGCGCGCACGCCCGCGGUGCCCAUCCAGGGCUGCCUGGGCGACCAGAGCGCGUCGCUCGUGGGCCAGCUCGCGUUCAAGCCCGGCGCGGCCAAGUGCACAUACGGCACGGGCUGCUUCCUGCUGUACAACACGGGCACCAAAAAACUGAUCUCCAGCCACGGCGCGCUCACGACGUUUGGCUACUGGUUCCCGCACCUUGAGAACGAGGAGCACGCGCAGCCGCACUUUGCGCUCGAGGGCUCCGUCGCCGUCGCGGGCGCCGUGGUCCAGUGGCUGCGCGACAACCUGCGCCUAAUCCCCAAGGCCGAGGACAUCGGCCCUCUCGCGUCCCGCGUCUCGGACACGGGCGGCGUUGUGUUCGUUCCCGCGUUCAGCGGCCUCUUCGCGCCCUACUGGGACGCCAGCGCGCGCGCGACGAUCAUGGGCAUGUCACAGCAUACGACCGCGUCGCACCUGGCCCGCGCUGCCGUCGAGGGCGUCUGCUUCCAGGCCCGCGCCAUCUUGAAGGCGAUGAGCUCUGACGCGGCAGGCGAGGGCCGCAAGGACCGCGACUUCCUCGAGGAGGUCGCGGACGGCACCUACGAGAAGGCACCACUGUCCAUGCUUGCAGUCGACGGAGGGAUGUCGCGUUCGAAGGAGGUUAUGCAGAUCCAGGCCGAUAUCCUGGGCCCCUGCGUGAAAGUACGGACCUCCGCGAGCUCCGAGUGUACCGCGCUCGGCGCCGCGAUUGCCGCGGCGCUGGCGUACGAGAAACGCGAGGACCGCGUCUUGUGGAAGGACCUCAAAGACGUCAAGAAGUGGGUCAUGUACGGUGGCACGGAGCCCGGCAACAGACCACCCGUGGAUGAAGAGUCCUUCCGCACACGCAUCUUCAGAUCCAAGUCGAUCGACACUGAAAGGAGAAGGAAGUGGAAGCUGUGGGAGGCUGCGAUUGAGAGGUCCAGAGGCUGGAUGAACAUUGUGGAGCAGAGCACCCACGAUAACGCGACGGCCAAGAACAUGUAG